UCACAUGAGUUUACAAUCAUAACCGGCUCGUCAUCAAAUGGAAGUGUAAACGUAAACGUAAACAAGACCCGGAAUGAUAUUCUUUGUAAAAAAAAGAUGCCUGUAGUUUACGCUUUAACUUUUUUUGAUUUUGCAGUAACACUAUUUCUUUUAAUUUUACUUCCUAUUCUUGUAUAUUGUGUCCUUUCCAAACCAAAAAAAAUGGCCCAAAUAACACGAUUUGAAGACGAGAAAUUUUAUCUGGAUCUGUCAACUAGCCCAGCUUCUAAGAAGCUAUUUCCUAAUCUUCGGGAUGAAUCUUCAUUAACUCUCUCAGUUAUAGUUCCUGCAUACAACGAGGAGCAACGUUUACCUUCUAUGUUAGAUGAAUGUUUGGAAUACCUUGAAAGUAGGUCUGCAAAACAGACUGAGUUUUCUUAUGAGGUGAUUAUUGUUGAUGAUGGUAGCUCAGAUGGAACAACUGAAAUAGCGUUAGGUUAUGUAAAGAAGUAUGGAUCUGAAAAGGUAAGAGUUCUAACAUUGUUGAAGAAUCGAGGAAAAGGAGGUGCAGUUAGACUUGGUAUGUUGAGUGCUCGUGGUAAACUCUUGCUCUUUGCUGAUGCCGAUGGUGCCACAAAAUUCCCAGAUAUUGAAAAGCUGGAAGAAGAAAUGCGUGUGUUAAGUGAAAAAGACAUCAAUGCUGUGGUGAUUGGUUCUCGUGCUCAUUUGGAGAAAGAAGCUAUUGCAACUCGCUCUUUGUUUCGAACUAUUCUUAUGUAUGGUUUUCAUUUUUUGGUCUGGCUAUUUGCUGUUCGUACUGUGCGAGAUACACAAUGUGGUUUCAAAAUGUUUACUCGUGAGGCCGCUCGCUCUCUUUUCUACAUCCUACAUGUGGAACGAUGGGCUUUUGAUGUUGAGCUAUUAUAUCUUGCUGAAAGAAAGAAAAUGCUUAUUAAAGAAGUUGCUGUCAACUGGACAGAAAUUGAAGGAUCUAAGUUAGUUCCAUUUUGGAGUUGGUUGCAAAUGGGCAUUGACCUAUUAUUUAUCUGGUUAAAAUAUCAACUGCAUAUUUGGAAAAUUUCUGAUUCUAAAAAAGAAUCUUGAAUAACAAUGAUGCAUUCAAAAAUGUAAUCAAGAAUUGGUAGUUUUCAUUAACACGACAGCAGCCAACGUAUUUGUUACGUGUGUCAAAUGCAGCAAUUUCGAGGAAUCAAAUGUAUGAUUUGCUAUCAACUUUAUUAUACAGUGCUGUAUUUGUAUGUGGGUUUGGAAUUUAGUGAUUACCGCUGUAGUAGACAUGUACUUUCCAUCUUAUUAAACUGACAGCUGCUGUCAAGAUAAUUGAAAGAUCCUAAGAAUCAUCAAUUUUGAAUGCUAUGCCUUACAUCUUUUUAUAUUUUGUUCUUUUUAUACAUUCCUUGAAAUGUAAUAACAAGUGUUUUAUAAAUCAGGAUUAUCUCUUAGAAUAAAUAGAAAGAAAUUUUAUAAGAUUGUAGAUCUUAAUGACUACCAUAAUUUAUUUAAAAAAUAUUGCUGUUGUCUAUUUGCAGUCUUAUAUAAAUUGAAUAAAAUUAUAUAUAUUUUAAUUGACUUAAAAAAUACAGAAGUAACUGUGAUGGACAAUGAAAUAAGAUUUCCCAAUGUAAUUUAUAUAAAUUAAAGAAUGUGAUAGUUUUAUUUUGUUUUAUAAAAAUGUACCAUACAUAUUUAUAUCUGAAAAAAGGCUUUGGAAGUAAUGAUAGCUAAUAUGUCUUUAUAAUUAAUGUAUUAUAAAAUGCUGAAUUAUUUAAAUUUUAAUUUAAAGAUAUGUGUUUUGAUGUACUAUAUUUUUGAAAUUUUAAUUUAUUAAAUCAUUAUUGGUUAUGCUGAAGCCAUAUUAAGGUUUUUAUGUUAUACUACUUAAAUUAUUAUUUUUGGUGUUUUAGUAACAGAAUGAAUUUUAUGUAUUUAAAAUAACAGAACAAUUGCUUUAUUUUUAUGUGUUCCCAUAUUAUGCUGUUAUGUUUUGUCUGUAGCUUUUGCAUUUUAAAAGGCUAAAUUAUGGGCAUUUGUAUGAGCAUAAAAAGAAGAUAUUUGCCAAUUUCUGUGUCUUAUAAAUAUAUAAGAUUUAAAUAAAUAAU